GAUUGGCUCGUUAGUUUUGAUUUGGAAUUGAAAUUGAAAUGAAGUUCUACCCGCUGCUGAUAGGCGUCGCGUUAAUUGUGGCCAACAUUGAGGGCUAUGUCAGAAAGACGCCCAAAUGUGUCGGACAGCCAAUUAAAGACGCUUGCAAUCUGCGCAGAGAUCUGGGUCAUAAUAGAUUCAGCUGGUGCACAGAGUAUGCCAUGGCUGAAAUGUGGUACUACAAUAUGAUUCACAACACCUGCAACAAGAUGAUCUAUCUGGGCUGCGGAGGCAACUUUAAUCGCUUUUGCUCUGAGGCCGACUGUGCUAAAAAGUGCAUAACCACAAAGAAACAUGGCUAAAUGAGUUUAGAAAUGACAUAACUAUGCAAAUUUAAAAGUUAA